AUGGCUGACCUGUUAGAACGUAUGGUUGACCAACAGGGUCAGGGCCAUGGGAAUACUACAGGAAACCCUGGAAAUAAUCCAGGCAAUCACGAGGGAGAGGACCGUGCCUUAGAACGGUUCCAAAAAUUUGCACAUCCAAAGUUUAUAGGUGGACUUAAUCCUGAUUUAGCGGAAGAGAGACGUGAGGAUGAUUUUAUCCGCCUGCGCCAAGGGGCAUCCAGUGUGGUGGAGUAUGAAACCCAGUUUACAAAACUCUCUCGCUUCGCUUCGGAAUUGGUGCUAACGGAGCAAAAGCGAAUUCGCCGCUUUAUCCAUGGCUUGAAUGUGGAGAUCCAAGAGGCACUAGCAGCUACUCAGUUGGACACGUUUAGCCAGGCGCUAGAAAAAGCACAGCGGAUUGAGACAGCUAGGAAACAGGUAAAAGCCUUUCAUGAUCGGAAAAGGAGGCAACCCGAUUCGAGCAAUUUUGCGACCGGACAGAGUUCGAGAAGUGUGCCACCUUUUAAGAGAGGUCGAGGAACAGAUGGUCCCCGACCCGCAGGAACCCUAGACCAGGGAAAUUUUGGGAGAGGUCGAGUAGGGCAGGGGCCCCAGAGGGGUGUUCAGCGUAGAGUAUUGACUUCAGGAACUAGGCCAACCUGUGGUUUCUGCGGGGCCAAUCACACCGACGAAAACUGUUGGAAGAACAGUUCGAUCCGAAAAUGUUAUAAAUGUGGUAGUACAGAACAACUGAUUGCCCAAUGCCCUAAGAUGCAAAAAAAGAGACCUAAGCCACCGACUGAAGGGACCACAACUAAGCCGUCAAAUGCAGGGAAAAAUCGACCCAAAGGACCAGUUAGAGUAUAUGCAAUGGGUCAACAAGAGGUGAUUGACCCUUCGGCGGGUAUCAAAGGGACGCCCUUUCCUAUCGGCGCACCGCAAGUGUUUAUUAGACCCUGA